AUGGGACUCGGAAGGAAAGCAAUACAAACUUCGCGUAUACACUCACGACAACCUUACGAAGGGCUUCCCUCAAGGAAAGUUAGGGAAAGAAGACGUACAAUUCAUUCAUCAACAACAAAUAAAACUCAGCAGUCCUUGCGAGACGUUAAACCUUCAGAAAUACUAAUUGGCUGCGACCAACUCUGGAACUUUAUCAACUUUCAAGCAGCACAUUUCACUCUGCCGUCUGGGCUCAUCCUCGUACCUAAACGUCUAGGAUAUAUGAUUUCUGGACAACAUAUGAGUGAUAAAAUGCAGCAUGGAGAUGAACUUCACUCCACAGUACAUUACAUGGAAUCUCACGACCAUCCAUGGGAGCGUCACUGGAACAUUCAAUCUCAUGAUGUAGAAAAGGAGUUCUGCGGUCCUGAGAAGGAAGAAAAAGCUAACAUAAAUGCACAAUUGCUCGAAAACUUCAACAACACUAUAGCCAGGCGGAAUGCUGGUUAUGUUGUUCGACGUCCUUUUAAGGAAGAUCAUGAAUAUCUUCCAGACAACAAAGUAUUAGCGCUCCAGCGACUGCGAAGCGUGCUUCGCAAAUAUCAACAAGAGCCACAUAUUCUUCAGCAAUAUCACAGUAUCUUUCAAGAUCAAAUUGCUGAAAAGAUCCUCGAAGAAGUGAAAGAGAACAAGGAUACCAUUUGGAAAAUGAAGCACUAUCUUCCACAUUGA